AUGGCAGUCUAUCCGUUGAAGAGCCCAUCUAACUCUAAGAGUAUCGCCUCUGUAUCUAGACAGGCCGUCAUAGACCUGUUGGAAAGACUCCAGCUCUCUGUGCCUCAAUACACCCGCGACUUCGAGCUCGAGCAUCGCGUCAAGGACACCAUCCGCUCAUGGGGACCAGCGUUCGAGUCGCUGCUGCGGCCGUACCUCCCACCAGCGAUGAUCCUCACAUUGACAUGCUACGACCACAUCAAAAACGUCGACACGAAGGUGCAGAUCGCGCUCUUCAGCACGCUGGUCAUCGCGAUGGACGACCCAUCUGUCUUUAACGCCUCGUCAUCGCGCGACUUCCACCGCCGUCUCUGCGCGGGCUCCGUCCAGGGCCAGCCGGACGUCCUCGGGAAGCUAACGAGCAACCUCGCGGGGAUGUGGGAGCACUUCCCACCGUUCGCUGCGAGCUCGAUCUUCACCGCUGCGCUGCAGUUCGUCAACGGAUGCAUACUAGAGCAGAAUGCUGUCAAGGGUGCGGUUGUCGACUCGGAUGCGCUUCCUUUCAUCACGUACCGCAGGAAUAUGUCUGGGCUCGCGGAGGCAUUCGCGUACUUCAUCUGGGAAGAGGCAGAAUUUCCCGAUGAUGUGGAUAAGUACAUGCAAGCGAUCCCUGAUAUCUGUUGGUACCAGAACCAUGUGAACGACGUCCUCUCCUUCUACAAAGAAGAGCUCGCCGGCGAGACGGGCAACUACAUGAGCGAUCGCGCCAUCGCGACGGGCAAGACGACACUGGAGACGCUCCAGGAAGUCAUCGACGAGACAGUCGUGAUCGUCGAGCGCAUCCGGAAGAUCCUCGGCGAGGGCAAGGUGCGCGACGCGUGGGAGGCGUUCGCGAGGGGGUGGAUCGCGUUCCAUACCAGCAGCCCGCGGUACCGCCUGCGCGAGCUUAUUCCUUGCCAUUACAUUGUCGUUGAUGGUCUUCGUUCGGAGGCAGUUGCUGCUGCAUAA